GUAAAAACAACGACUACCGAAGCGCCGGCACCUCAGCCCCCAAACGGUCGAUACGUGGGGUAUAAGCCGUUGAUUACGUUAGAGGACGAGUCGGCGUCGACAGAGAGGGGGCCGUCAGCUCGGAGUCUGGACUUCACGGGCGGGUCCAACCAAAUACUGUCCGAUAGUUUGCCACACAUUGAGACCAAUAUCCGUAAUAUCAAUGACUUAAAGCGCCGGAACUACUCGGACCUGCAGCCCAUCCUAACCUACAAAGAGAGCUACGACUCCAUACCCCUGACCGCCCGCAACGAGAUAUACAGCCCACACACGACACCCAAACCCUACUACACCACUGGCGCGCCGAAAGCCCAGAGGAACUCCUAUCGGCUGUACAAUACGUUUCCAAAACCGGCGCCGACCACAACCACUACUACAACGACGACUACGACUACUACCACAACACCCCCGCCCACUACACUCCCCAGUGGCCCCUAUUAUGACUACUAUUACGAGGAUAUUACUGAUAGCAAAAACAGUGUAACCCUUCCGCCGACAACUAGAAGGGUGUUCCCCACCACCACACAGGGUAGGGUAGGCGGUGGACUUAGGUUUAGGAUAACCCCCACAACCCCUAAACCUCCGGCCAUUGAGUACGAGUACGAGUACGAGGACUACAACGGCGCCAACUAUACCAACACAAUACCUACCACUCCGUAUAAGAGCUACCAGACCACCACCACUGCCCGACCACCCAUCACAAGGCCCUCCCUAUACAGCACCGGUCGAAAGCCGAGACCCACGAACCGGCGGCUCAUCAUCAAAGACAAUGAGAAGGCGCCACCAAAGCCCGCCUCUCGUCCGAAGCCCAUACACCCGACGCCCACACCCCUGUCCACCGCCGAGAAGUGCGACGCCAAGAAGUGUAAGCUCCCGGACUGCCGGUGCGGCGGCUCCGACAUCCCGGCGAAGUUGUCGGCCAAACAGAUCCCGCAGAUUGUGUUGAUUACCUUCGAUGACGCCGUCAAUGAUCUCAAUUGGGAGAUAUACGAAGACAUCUUCGAGAACCGGUUCAACCCGAACGGCUGUCCCAUUAGGGGUACGUUUUACGUGUCGCACGAGUGGACAGACUACGGACAGGUGCAGACACUGCACGCCCGGGGCCACGAGAUUGCCUCACACGGAAUCACGCAUAGUUUCGGUGAGAAGUUUUCGCCCAAGGAGUGGAUCAAAGAGGUGAACGGCCAGCGAGAGAUUAUCCACAUGUAUGGUGGGGUACCCAUGGAGGACAUCCGCGGUAUGAGAGCGCCUUUCCUCCAAACGGGAGGGAACCGGAUGUUUGAGAUGCUUUACGAGACAAACUUCACAUACGACUCAUCCCUACCUGUGUUUGAAAACUCGCCGCCCUUUUUCCCCUACACCCUGGACUACCAGCUCAACCACGAGUGUAUGAUACCUCCCUGUCCCACGAAGUCGUUCCCCGGGCUCUGGGAGGUGGGUAUGAUUAUGUGGCAGGACCUGCGUGGGGGCCGGUGCUCGAUG